UUUUACCUGGUACAGUACUGUGUUUUCUGAAGCUGUUUUACACAACUUGAGAAAUCUGGAUUUAACAGAUCAAAUUUCUGGACGAGCAGCCAUGCUCAUGUGUGACUACCCGGUGAAGACAGACAUGGAGAUGGGUUACUCCUCGUUUAUAAAUCCUCAGGCUGAACAGCUCAGCAGCAUGUUCUCCGUGGGUCAGUACCCCUCUCAGUACCCCUACGCUCCUCACUACCCACCCUAUCACAACACCCUGUGUGAUCAACUCUACACUCCUCCCCGUGGCUCAGACGCCCCCUCACACAUGCAGCUGGAACCGGUGGACCUGUCGCUCAGACAAAAGCCCUCUCCUCUCCCUCCACCGUCAUCCUGCUCGCCGUCCUCCUCCUCGUCCUCCUCCAGAGCCACGCCUCCUUCCUCGUAUGAUCGCUGUGAAUCCACCUCAGUGCCCCAGUCUACCUCCAUGACUCUGCCCUUCCCUGCAUUUAUGGCUCCGUUGGUCACUGCUCCAUAUCCGAGCAUCAUUUCUGUGGUGCCCAGUGUGAUCCUGAACUCGGUGCCCCUGCUGUACUCGCCUCAGAUUCUGCCCUGUCUUUUCUCCUCUACAACUGAGGAGCAGUCGAGUGCCAUCAGCAGCCUAAAAACAGCGUAUUCCCAGGACCACCAGCCAAUCAAAUCAGAGUCUCACACUGAGCACGCUCCGAACACAUACAGCCCGGAAAUUCAGUCGCCGCCCAAGCAGUCUUAUAACGAACCAAAGACACAGUCAGUGAUCGUCCAUGCCCCUAAGGUGGAGUCUCCGGACACUGUGAAGAAGCGCCGCAUCCAUUGCUGUGACUUUGCAGGCUGCAACAAAGUGUACACUAAGAGCUCACACCUGAAAGCCCACAGACGCACACACACAGGAGAGAAGCCAUACAAGUGUGAUUGGUCAGGCUGCACAUGGAAGUUUGCACGUUCGGACGAGCUGACACGUCACUACCGCAAACACACCGGCAUGAAACCGUUUCGCUGCCCGGAUUGCGACCGCAGUUUCUCCCGCUCAGAUCACCUAGCGCUGCACAAGAAGCGCCACAUGUAACGCUACACUGCAAUGCAAAUUCAGCUAGUGCACCUUUAAUAACACAUACUGCACUAUCCACAGGGGGUAGGAUACACUUUAAGGACCACGGACUGACCUACCAUGAGCCGUUCGACAUGGAGGAGCUAAAGGAAGUUUUGUUCACUUUCUUCAUGUUUUUUGUUCUCUUCAAACACACCCGUAUAAAAAAAUCACCUUUAAAAUGACCUCUGUGAUCGAUUCAGUUGUGCCCUCUGCUGGUCAAAGGGUUUCACACUCUACACGCGCCCGCCCGGGGUCAAUCCUGAAUAAUGUGAAUUUUAUUAUUAAUAUUAGCCAGGAAAAGUCUUUCAUUUUGUAAUCGA